AUGUCGUCGAUGCUUGACUAUGUCAAAAAACAGAUAUAUGGACCAGAUCCAAAGGAACAAAUGAGAAAAAUCAACCAACUUCUCCGAAAAAACAAGAGAGAAUUGGACCGUUCCCUUAAUCAACUCCAACCGUUAAAGAAGAAGACGGAGCUGCUCAUCAAGAAGUCCGCCAAAGAAAAGGACUAUAAGUCAGCCAAGAUCUAUGCACGCGAGCUCAUUAAUGUAAAUAAGCAGUACAACAAGCUCUAUACUCUGAAGACGAGAAUAGAUUCGAUCACCAUGGCCAUCAAUGAGCAGUGGUCUAUGAAUAAGUUGACCGAGUCAUUGCAAGCGCUGACCGGGAUAAUGCGGGAUGUGAAUAGUUUGGUGAACUUGGGUGUAGUUCUGGGAACGAUGCAAGAACUUCUGAAGGAAUUGAUGAAGGCAGGGGUUAUCAACGAAAUGAUGGACGAUAUGGUUGACCUUGAUAUGGAAGACGAUGAGUUGGAGAGUGAGAGUCAAGACGAGGUGAACAAGAUAAUCCAGAGCUUGACGGAAGCGAAAUUCAGCAAGAUUGAGAGCGAGGUGCCCACUUCUAGUAUAGAGAACCCAGUUGAACUGGAACCAGAAGCUGAAGAAGAAGAAGAAGAUUAUGAAGCUUUGAAUCAGAUGAGGGAAAGGUUGAAAGCCCUUCAAAACUGA